CUCAUCCUUACCACUACCGUGGACGUCGCUCUCCAAAUCCCAGCUCUCCCACCCGUGUGCGACAAUUUGUUCGUUCACGGGCAGUCGGAUUCAGCUUCACUCAGUGCUUCGACUGCUACCUAUAUACGUUGUUCGUUUAUAUCCUUAUACACAAGGCUGGGUUCUCUCGCAGAGUUCUCCGCUAUUUUUAUCCUCCCACUACCCUGUUUCUCCCACCAUGACGCCUCGGCGCUCCUCUCGUGCUCGCACCUCUCAACCCUCCCCAGCCAUCCUUCAACAUACAAACUCCUCCAGCUCCUCCAACUCAAUGACUCGCGAAAGAAGUACACGAUCCCACCACAAGAUCUCCUCCCCUCAGCGAUCCUCGACCAACCGGUCCCAGUCGAUCGACGACGCCGACAUUGGCUCGAAAGGCGACUACCGAGAGACGCGGCAGCGCCAGCGUGUUCGAGGGGAGGAGGAUAAUGAUCAGAUCAAAUUAGCCGACGGUGACGACGAAGACGGCGAAGAAGAAGACGAUGAGGAGGAAGAGAUCACUCGCUGUCUUUGUGGUCAGCAGGAAUACCCGGGCCUGCCUCCCUCGCGUCGGGAGGCAAUCGGUCGCAAUGGUUUGCGUGGUGGCCUGAAAGAUGAGAAUGUCUUAGGUCUUUCCGCAGAUUCUGCCGAUUUGUUGUCGGACGACAUUGGGAGCAUGUUCAUUCAGUGUGAUUCCUGCAAGGUCUGGCAACACGGUGGUUGUGUCGGGAUCAUGGAUGAGGCCAUGAGCCCGGACGAGUAUUUCUGCGAAGAGUGCCGAAAGGAUCUGCACAAAAUACUCAACGAGAUAAAUGGAUCAUAUUCUUCACAAUACCUACCGGUUGCCCCUCCCCCUCCCUCCACAGCCGUUUCUUCAAGGGAAUCCUCACGCGAUAAUUCCCGUCGCAACAAAGACACGAAGUCACGAUCGAAUGAUGCCGCUGCCAAUCCUAAACGUCGAUCCACAAUGAACAGCCGGGAUGCGGCGUAUGAUGAGGAGGAGCAGCUGCGGCGUGCAAUAGAAGAGAGCAAGGAAGAAACAAAACCCGGCGAGGAACUUGCUGCUCGGAGGCCGAAGAGGAGCCGCAGUGAUAGCGAAGCUCAAAGGCAAACGACUAAACGUCAACGGACGAGCUCACCCUCACCCGGCGCCGUCUCCAAAAGCAACCCGGUGUCACAGCAAGUCUCGGAGGAUGAAUCCCGAUUCAAACCAAACGCACAUGUAGCUCGAAGACAACGGGCUGCCUCGCGCGGACAGCGCGAUAAAGACAUCAAGGAAAUGGAAGAACCCGAGUCUGAACCGGCCGACGCUGUCGAUCGCAGGAAGGCCAAAUCCGAUAAGCCGAAGGAUGAGUCCGACAAUGCUCCGGGAUCUCCAAUCAAGCCAGUUGCGACCGACCCCGAGCCCAAGCCACCUAGUCCUGAGGUCACCCCUGCUCCUGCUCCGGAACCCGCACCUUCGCGCCCCGCCACUCGCAAGUCGGGCCGUCCUCCUGCACGUCGCGGUGGCCGCGUGGGCCGCAACCAAUACACUCGGGACCGGGAUAUGAAUGGGACAGAUUCCAAUUUCUCAACCCGAUCUCCGCGGCGCGGGCAGUCGCAUGAUAUCGGCAGCGACUCACCCCGGAUCAAUGGCAUACACCUACACAGUGGAGAGUCCGGCAAGCCCAGUCGGCCACGGUAUGUGAACCAGCGCACUACUAUGAACGAGAUGAAGAGACGGGUGAUGGCAAUCCUCGAGUUCAUCUCACGGAUGCAGGUCGAAAUGGCGGUGGCAGGGGAGAGCACGACGCCUCCCAACAACGGGGCCGCCCGGGUCAACGGCAGCAUCUUGGAAACCGCACUGGCACUGGCGGUGGGCGACCUGGACCCGGCGAGUGCAACUGCCUCGGACAGCGACGCAGCCAGCGGGCCCACAUCCAUCGAGAAAGACUUCAAAGAACUGAGCAGCGUCGAGAUGAUGGAUGUGCUCACACGUCAUCUUCUCAAAUGGCAGCAGGAGUACGGCAAAGUUGGCGAACGCUGAUCACUUUCUUUUGUUUUUCUUUUUCUUGCCAUUUACCACCCUCCCAAUGAUGGGAGGAAAUACAUAUGAUACCCUUCAUCUCUCGUUGCACUUGCGUGGG